UGGCAGGGUGGGACAGCGACGCCAUUCCGCAAGUCAGUCGAGCAUGCGCAUGAGCUUCUUGCGCCGCCGCCUGGACGAGGGCAUGUCGAGCGCGACGCUCAACACGAUCCUCGGCGUCGUUGCCGGUGUCAUCUUGCUGCUGAUCGUCGGCUACUUUGUCUGGCACCGGCGGACGCGCGAGGCUCGGCGCGAGGCGCGUUACUAUGGCGCCCAGCCGACGCAGCCACCGCCGGCCUUUCGCGUCCGCGGCGAGCCUGCUGCCGAGGACGGCGGCGACGACGACGAUCAGCGCACCUUUAACUUUCAUCAGCAGCCGCCGCCGCCAACGAACAUGCCGUCGUCGGGCUACGUGCUCGACUCGGAAGACGACUUCAAGCGCGUGGCGACCAAGAAGACAGCCAGCGCGCCGCCCUUCAAGAUGGACCAAGAGAUGCUCGCUAUGAAGGUCGACUUUCAUUUGAUCCAGUACACGCGCAAGCUCACGAAAGGCGCGUUCGGCGAGGUCUGGCUCGGCCAAUUCAAAGGCCGCUAUGUCGCGAUCAAGCAGAUUCUGGAAGAGCGCAAGGCCGACAAGAAGGAGAUCGAGUGCUUUGUCGCGGAAAUCAAGCUCAUGCUGCAUUUGCAGCACCCGAACGUGCUGGACUUUCUCGGCUUUUCGUGGAACCCGCGGGACGGCAACCUCUGCUUCCUCACCGAGUACAUGAAGAACGGCGAUCUCUUCUACCAUUUGCAGAAGCGCAAGGCAACGCUGACGUGGCCCAUCGAGAAGAUCAAGAUCGCGCUCGACAUCGCCCAAGGCCUCGUGUACCUCCACAGCCUCACGCCCAAGAUCAUCCAUCGCGACCUCAAGUCCAAGAACGUGCUCUUGGAUGCCAACUGGACGGCCAAGAUCAACGACUUUGGCAUCUCGCGCGUGCGUCAGUUUGAAGAGACGAUGACGGCCGGCGUCGGUACGGCGCUCUGGGCGGCCCCCGAAGUCUUUAUGGGUAAAAAGUACAACGACCGCGCCGACAUUUACUCGCUCGGCGUCGUGCUCUCGGAGCUCGACACGUGUGCGAUCCCGUUCGCCGACCAAGCGAUUGGCAAGAAUGGCAAGCUCGAUGGCAUGGCCGUCAUCAAGCUCGUAACGCAGAAGCGCGCCAAACCCACGUUCAGCGUCGAGUGCCCGCCCGCUGUGCUCGACCUCGCGAUGCGAUGCUUGGACUACGAGCCCGAGCGCCGCCCAAGCGCGAUGGAAGUCGUCCGACUCAUUCAAGAUGUCGUGCAGCCUGCCCUUUGCGCGUCGUCGUCGUAGCUCGUCGUAGUAUUAAUCAUCUAUUACAUCAAUCACAUUCCACGACGUGGAUGGCUUCCUCUUGACCGUGGCCGCCA